GGUUCGAAUGUACGCGCGAGACAGUUCAGGCAACUAUCGGGUUUUUUCUUUCCGAAAGGGUGGGGACGUCAGUGCCAUGUAUGUUGUACAUACAUACAUAUAUUGCGAUAUGCAUAAUGACACAUUGUCGUUGGCAUGUACAAGAUUUUGUAUUGUUUGAUCGAGUCUGACGGUAUUUAAACGGCAUGAUUGGAAGACAAGAAGGAACGAUGCUCUAACGAUAUUAAAUGAAUGCGAGAGAUGUGAGGUGAAGGCUAGCAACAACGCUUGGGAAGAAAACUAGGAAGAGGAGACCGUUAGCAAAAACAAAAUUAUAGGUUACGUUGAUCGCAUUAUGGCACAAUCGACAGCAAGUGGAACCUCUUCGCGACGAUAUUUGCGGGAUCAUGAGGUGCCAUCCUCGUCACGUUAUGUGGACAGCGAGUGGGAGUCCAAAGAGGCCUUACGACAACGGGAACUUGAAGAGGCAAGAGCACGAGCAGCACAAAUGGAAAAGACAAUGCGAUGGUGGUCCGAUUGUACUGCCAAUUGGCGUGAGAAAUGGAGCAAAGUUAGGAAUGAAAGAAAUGCAGCUAGAGACGAGGCAAAGGCUUUAAGAGCAAAACUGGAAAUUGCUGUUAAAGAUGCUAAUACUUUCAAGCACGAAUUUCAAGAGUUAGAAUUGCAAAACGAGCAAUUGAAAAAAGAGAUGGAGAAAAUACACAUGAUACUGUUGAAACACGCUGGACAGUUUGAUCAACAGAUCUUUACUAUUUUAGAAUCAGAUCCGCAAUUGAAAGCUACUUUUGGAUUGGAUGAACAACUGGAAUUUUAUAAUAAUGUUGAAGCCAGCAAUAUGUUAGGUACACAAAGAGAUAUGCUAUGCUGUAAAAAUUCACACGAAGCAGCAAAUGUUGUUUCGGCUGGUCACAAUACUUUAGCAGAAAGAGACAUUGAAGAAUAUGUCUUGCAAGGUGCUGUGCCAAAACAUGCAGUAGAAUUAUAUAAAGAAAGUCCUAGUAACUCUUUAGACAAAAAUAUCACGAAACUAGUCGCGGAUAAUGCCAAAAAAGAUGGACUAGAGAAACAACAAUCGCCAUUAGAUAUGUAUAACGAAGAAUGUUUAACCCAUCAAAUGUCAGCACUGCAAUUGAAAUUGGAAGAAGCGACGAAAACUAUUUCUGUAGAAAGAGAGGAAAACAAUUCUCUACACCGGACUGUGGAAAAAUUAAAAGCUGAAGUUAAACAAUUAAGAGAGCAAUGCGAGGAAUUGUCUGAGAGUAGAACCGACGCGAUGAGAGAAUUAUCAGAAUUAAAAGAACGUUUCCAACUUGAACUUAGUGAUGAACAUAUAGCAGAUUUAAUAGAACAUACAAAUAAUGAAGAAAAUAUGGACCGCCGUUUGACAGAAUUAAGAACAGAAUUGGAGAAACUUCAAGCUGAAAAUGCAAUAGAAUGGAGUAAAAGGGAGAGAUUAGAAACUGAGAAAAUUUCUUUAGAACGAGAGAACAAGUUGCUUCGCUUAAAAUUAUCCGAAUUGCAAGAGAGAGUAGAAUCACGGCGACCACGACCAAUGUCUACAGUUGACACAGACACGAGGCAAUUGCAACAUGAAAUUCUAGUUCGCAAUAUGAUCUUGUUGGAAGUAAAGCAGUAUCAAGCAGCAUUAAAACAAUCUUUGGCAGAGAAAACAACAGAAUUGUCGCACGCGAUGAGACGAUCCGAGCAAUAUGAGGCAGAGGUGAAACGAGUGAGAGCAAGAGUCGAGGAACUAAAGAAAGAUCUGACCGCUGCUCAGGACGAGGUCGACGCUGCUACAAACAGCGUACGAAAAUUGCAACGGGUCAAUGAGGAUCUUAUGGAGCAAUUAGAAUCUGCAAACGUACAACUGGAACAUUUUAGAAAUAGCAAUAACGAAACAUGCGAAAGUUCAACGAAUGCUGAAAUAGACAUAGGAGAGCAAAAGAUUCAAGCCAAUAAUUCGAACGAAUAUAGUGAAGUCUACGAUCAGCAACAAGCUUAGUAUUCACUCGUAUUGGUAGCGAUGACGUGUUUAAGUCAGGUAACGAAAAUAGAUAAAUGAUCUCUUAGUGGGCCUAAAGUACAGGACUCGACAGAUUCUUCUCCUUUUUUUAAUUUUUUUUUAAAUUUUUACUUUGAACAAAUUGACGAACAAAUUGUAUGUCUUCAAUUGACCAUUCUGAACUGUGUGCCUAGAGUGUUUAAUGAUGAAUAUAAACCGUCAAUACUUCUAAAACGAUAUAUAUGUAAAUAUAUGUGGCUGCA